UGAAACGUUUUGUUGACCACUAAGCAUCUCAAGAAAAACAAACAGGAACUGUCUUGUGAAAAUGAGUCAAAAUUAAUGAAUUUAACAAUGUUUUAAGAAGAAUUGGCUGUAAAAAUGUUCGGCGGUAAAAAGAAACAAGCACCAGAUCCCCCGAAACGAAAGGGGGCUUCGCUUGCUAAUCAGAUGGGAAUAGGAGACAUAGAAAACAUGAUGUAUGGAGAUCUUGAUAAUGAUGAAGACUUAGAGGCAGAGUUAUUGGCCCUACAAGGAGAUGGUAAUCCUGUCAGGAGAAAACCAAAACAGCAGCAAAAAGCUUUAACAAUGGCUGAUUUAGACAAGUAUUCCAAGAUAGCAGAAAUAAAUGAGGAUGAUGAUGAUGAUGUAUCUGAUACAGAGGAUCCAGAUUUACUGGCUGAAUUAGAAGAUUUAUCAACAGAAGAAGAUGCUGGACCUGAAACUACCAGUCAGUCAGCAGGAGGCAAAGAAGAUCAAGUUAUUUUGUUGGUGGAAAGAUUGUCAAUGUAUGAGUCAGGAGUAGAAAGUGCUAAGUCUGCUGGUGAUACCUCUAAACAAAGGAGAUAUGAUAGAGGCCUUAAGACAAUACAGGAUUUAUUGAAAAAGGCUCAGCAAGGAAAGACAAUUGAUGAAAGUGAUAUACCCCCUGCAAUUGCUGUUGGUGAGCAAACGAAGCAAAGAGCAGGAGCAGUAAUGCAGCCUGAAUCAUCACCAACAUUCAAGCCUACUACAGAUUCAAGAAAUAAACAACCUAGCCCAUCACCACCUAAACAACCAGCCCUGGAAUUGGACAAUAAACCAAUUAGUCCAGCAACUUCAUCACAUGACCUUGAAACAGAAAAGAUGUUAGAGACAAGAAGAGAUCAGUACAAAACAGCAGCUUUGCAGGCAAAGCACAAUAAGGAUAUUAGCACAGCAAAAAGUUAUGUACAGAUAGCAAAGCAAUUUGAUAAUGUAUUGAAUGCCUUGAAAUCAGGACAGGCCAUAGACUUAUCUAAGAUGCCACCUCCUCCUCCUUCACCUGGAAGUACAAGUAAAGCAGUGCCACCUGUGCAGACAGCAUCGAGAACAGAACAAUCAACACAUCAGGGAGCUGGUGAGGAAGAGAAUACACCUGCUCCAUCGGCUGAAGAAUCAAGGAAAGUAUUUAAAGCACCAGAACCACCUAAAACAAUAAUGGAGGCAUUAGAACAAAGACUUGAGAAAUAUAAAUCAGCCGAGGCAGAAGCCAAGGCUGCUGGAGAGGGAUCUAAAGCAAGGAGACAUGGUAGAAUUGUUAAGCAAUACCAAGAUUCCAUAAAAGCAAGUAAAACAGGGAAGCCAUUUAAUUUAGAAGAAUUACCAUGCCCACCAGGUUAUGCCCCCUUUCCUACAGAGUCGUCACCAGCAAAAUCAGCCUCAGCAGCAAGUUCUUCACCACAGAAGACUGUUCCACAGCAGCCUCAACCUGCAGUAACUACUCCUCACAGACAAGCUGUACCAGUUCAACAGGAAACCACACCCCAAAAGAGUCCAAGUAGUACAUCUCAGAAAGCUAAACCAUUGACCAGGGAGGAGGAUGAAGCAUUUAAAAGAAGUCCUUCCUCAAGAGCUGAGCAAACAUCACAUUUCCUGACAGAGAGAAUGAAUGAAUACAGGACAGCUGCAUUGCAGGCCAAGAAAAAUAAUGAUCUAGAGCUAGCAAAGAAAUAUAUCAGAAUAGCUAAGGGUUUUGAACCAAUGAUUAUAGCAGCAGAAUCAGGACUUCCUGUUGACAUGUCUCAGAUUCCUCCCUCAAUGGUUGACGAUCAUGAGACAUCAACUGUAUCUGUUAGCAGGGAGGACUGUGAACUCAGUGGUGAUAGAACUGAAGUCUUUCAGAAACUGGAACAGGACCUCAUACAACAAAUCAGGACCUGUGCUACAAAUCAGCAGAACUUCACAAAAAUUGGAGAUGUUGUUUCAUCUGCUAAGUUUGAGAAGAUGGAAAAAGGUUGUAGGAAAGAUUUAGAAUCAUUAAAGAAUGCUUUCAGACACAAUGAUCCUGUACCAAAGUUUCAUUAUGAAAAUAGAACUUUCUCAUUAGUGAAGUGCAAUACAGAUUUAGGAGAAAAUGAUUUAGAAAUUACAAUAGUCAGAGGUUUACAGUAUAAUGUACCUUCAGGGUAUUCAGAGAAAGAUUUAGACACUUAUGUUAAAUUUGAAUUUCCGUAUCCACAGGAAGAUCCUCAAGUUGGCACAUCAGAAACAGUGAAAAGUACAACCAAUCCAGAACAUAAUCAGCCAUUUAAAUUGGAAAUUGCUAGAAAGUCGAGAGCAUUUGCUCGUAUUAUUGAAAGAAAAACUGUCAAAUUAGAGGUGUUUUAUAAAAGAGGAUUUUUAAAAAGUGAUAAGUUACUAGGUACAGUAAAUGUAAAGUUACAAGGAUUAGACUCGGAAUGUACAUUACAUGAUAGUCAUGAUUUGACAGAAGGUAGAAAACAAGUUGGUGGUAAAUUAGAAGUAAAGAUUAGGAUACGAGACCCCUUUAAAGGGAAACAAGUAGAGGUAACAAAGGAAAAGUGGUUAGUGAUAGACCAGUUUAUCAGGGCAUUAGGACCAAAGGAAACCAAAAAAGGAAUGGCACCUGCAAAGCCAGCAGUGUCGAAAAGUUCUCAAGCCUCUGGGGUUUGUGCCAUAUUGUGAAGAUGUGUUCAGAAGAUGGAUAUAAAUUCUAGUCAUAAUCAGUACUACUUGACAGUGCUUUUCAUGUAGAAUGAAAGAAAGAAUGAACAUGACUUUUUCUUUAAAUGAAUAAGUAUUAUAUUUUUUGGUUAAAAAGACUUCCUAAUAUACACACAUAUUAUGAAGUAAUUCUAUCAUUUUCCCUUUUGCUCUGAAAAACAUCCAGAAGGACAACAUACUCAUUUAUUUUUGUCGUGCCUGACGAAAUCGCAGAGACUUAUCAUAGGCGUGUUUUUUCCAGUGUCAACAUUAGCCUCGCCUGGGGCUUCAAUAAUUUGUUAAAGUUUAUGAUUAGGUCAGUUUUAUGGGGAACUACUUAUGUUAAGUCAAUAAUAUUUGUUAUUCGGUGGUACUAGCACUAGUAUUUCUUACUUCCAUAGAGAUUGUUUGGCCCUGCAUCUAAAGUUAUGGUUCAUUGACUUUGAUUGUUUUGUAUAAAAUUGAGAAUGGAAAUGGAGAAUAUGUCAAAGAGACAACAACCCGACCAAAGAGCAGAAAACAGCCCAAGGCCUCCAAUGGGUCUAGUUUACUUGCUAAAGUAUUGCCAUUUUAAUUUCAACAUUUGCAGUUUAUUAUCAAAAUUAAAUACAGGCAAGACAUAUGUCUGUGUCGACAGUUUAUCCUUUAGCGAAAAACAGAAUUGACAUGUACCCAUUAGCUUUUUCUUCUAUAUCGCAACAAUGAGUGGCAAACAGAGCUUGUUUCUGUUCAAUUAAGUGCAUUUUUGGAAAACAAAUAUUUAUUACAUUAUAAUGAAGUCUUCCAAAAAAUAUAAGAAGAUAAAUUAAAAGGAGUACAACCAUACCUUUACUUGAAUUUAGAAAUCUAAGGUUUCACUUGAUUUCUUUUUUUAAUUAUACCACAUUGAGCUUCUUUUUUGCAAAUGCUAUUUAUAGACAUGUAUUUAAUUCCUAAUUGCUGAUUAUUUAUUAGGAGGAACCAUAUAUUUAAAUAUUUUUUAAUUUCAUCUUGAUGUAUAUAUGAAGAAAAAUAGUGUCAUUUUAUAGAUAAGAUUUGUUGAAAGGGAUUUUACUGACUUUUGGUAGGUGUAUCAUGUUGCAACAGAUGUAGAUUUAUUUCUUAUCCGUCCUCAGAUUUACACAAAUAGUUAUCUGUAUAGAUAUUUAUGUUUAUAUACCGGUAGAUCAGUUUAAGAUGAACCGCUAAUGUUAAGUCAAUGAUAUUUGGUAUGCAAAUUUAUUGGCAUUUGCAAGUAUCGUUUCCAUGGAGAUUAUAUAGCCCCACCCCUGAUCAUGGUUCAUUGACUUUGAAACUUUUACAUAGUUUACAAGUUAAUGUUUGUGUUUAGGUUUGUUUAAAGGGAACGACUUAUGAUAAGUCAAUGGUAUUUGGUAUGCAGUUGUAUUAGCAUUGGCACAUCUCAUUCCAUGGAGAUUGUUUAGCCAUGUACCUUCAGUCAUGGUUCAUCGACUUUGAAUAUUUGCAUAACUUACAUGUUAAAGUAUUGCUAUUUUAAUUUCAACAUUUGCAUUAUCAAAAUUACAAAAAGGUGAGACAUAUCUCUGUGAUAACAGUUUAUUAAGUCAAUUCACCUUAUGAGAAAAGGUUACAAAGUGGAUGAGUUCAUCUUUUAACUUCUCUGUGAAAAAACUGUGGUAUACAUGUGUUUGUGAUUAAAAUAUUCCAUAAUCAAAACUGUGCAACUAAUUAUAAGUAUUUAGAUUUUUUUAUAUAUUUUUUAUAUAAGCAUUUUGAAAGAAAUGUUUAUUUUGUGUUUGUGAUUGAAAUAUUAAAUAAUUAAAACUGUGCAACUAAUCAUAAGUAUUUAG